AAAACACGAGAGACCCCACCCCUGUGGCCUCAAAACCUCCUCUCCUCCUACUCUCUCUCGCCUCGUCGCCGCUUCGACGGCGACGCAGCCGACACCACGCUACCUUCGCCGAUGCCUCUGCGGGCCGAGUUGGUGGCCAUGGCGGCCACGGUAGAUCCGCGGGCGAAGGCGCCGGCCGCGCCGCCGCACCACCUCGAGCCGUGGGCGCGUCAGCCACCUGCCGCCCACCGCAUGCCCGUCGUCCUCCCCGCCGCAGCCUCCCAAGCGGGUGGCGGUUGUUUCGGCCGCGAUCGCCGCGGGCCGUCGUCCCACCGGCGGGCCGGCGCCUCCCAGGUCGUCGGCGAGGAUCCUUACGACGGCGGGAUCGAGGAGCUCCGGGCCAAGCUCAUGGGCCACCUGCGCGAUGCCGCCGACCGGCUUCAUGUGCCCCGGCCUAGUCCUUCGCUUCCUCCUCCGCCGCCGCCGAAGACCGCUAGUCCACCGCCGGAGGCAGACUCCGAGCCCGAGCCGGAGCUCAGGGCGCCGCCUCCGCCUGCGCCUCUGCCUCCACCGCCGCUCCCGCAGCAGCAGCCACAAGCGGACGCUACCACGAGGCCGUGGAACCUGCGGGAGCGCACGCAGCGGCGCCCGGCCGCCGCCGCAAGGUCGUGGGCCGCGUCGGUGCCCUCUUCGUCGUCGCGGAGGCGACGCAAGCGCGCUCCGUUCUCCGUGUCCCUGACGACGGAGGAGAUCGAGGAGGACAUCUACGCGCUGACCGGCGCCCGGCCGCGGCGGCGGCCGAGGAAGCGGCCUCGCGUCGUACAGCGGCAGCUCGAUUCGCUGUUCCCCGGGCUGUGGCUGACCGAGUUCACUGCCGACGCAUACCGAGUGCCGGACGAGUAGCUCCCGCACCUUGCCCAGCCGGCGCCGCCAAUUUCAUUCCGAGCUCCAAGACAUCCAACCACCUCGUGUCGUUGCGUCACAGUCGCGUCUCCUCAGGCGCCCGACUUUACAAGCCAGGUUUAGUCGAGCCGGCAGGCCCUCGUUCUUGUCGUGUCUCCUCCAUCCAAGCCUUUUCCCCUUCGUCAGAUGGUGUACGUGCUUUCCCCACCUGCCUGUGGUAGUUUGUACAGUGGUGUGCUUGUGAUUACUACUACUGAUUCAUGGAUCGGUCCUAGUACCCGUGCUUCACCGUUAUCUCGGUGCUGCUGCCUCCGCUCCGCCGUGCAGUGGGGUGGACCCAGAAAAAAAUCACCGGCUGUUUCGGACUGAGUUACUAGGUAUUUAGAUAUCUCACUAGUUAAGUUAGAGGGUGUCAUAUGAACUGUUUUUUAACUGGUGUUUUGUGUACUUGGUGAACACAAAGUGGGUCUGCCUGUGCUUGUUCCAUUUGCUGCUUGCUAUUGCUUGCCAUGGGUGGCCUCGUGGUCGUGGAUAUUUGAUCCGUUCUUGAAGCUUUCUUGGGGCUACGGGCUACCCAAUACUUGGAGAGACGAAGAGGACGCAGCAUAUGCAGCAGGAAGAGAGUCGAGUGGUUGGGACCUGGGCGUUUGGAUUCUUUGGACCCCUCUCCCCUCCGCUGGGGUCGACACGCCACGCACCACUACGCGGGUCAUUGCUGGGGGCUAGCCGGAUAGCUCGCCACAAAGGGAAAGGGAACCUGCAACUUUUCGCGUCGUCUUUCUGGGCCAAUCAGCAAGCUAGCAGCGCUGCGGAAAAGCUUGGGAUUGAGGCGAUGGUGCUGCUACCGUGUUGCUGCCUUGUUGGCGUUCAGGUUCGUCACGUCCCUUCGUACGAUGGAACCGCCCGGGGAUGUGGUUUUGUCGGGACAUCGAUCGAUCUCCAUGUGGUGCGCGCGCAGCAGAAAUGAUCUCUGGCAGGCCGUCCGCUGCGCCUGAUCAGAUCGAAGCAACGCGGCAUCGUAGACGAUCCUGCUACACCGGAGGCAUUCGAAAUCUCGUGUUGUGAGAGAUUGAUUGUUGGUGUAACGUCGUGUAUGUGUUGUAUUGAGUCUCGAGAGCUGAAUAUAUAUAGUAUAUAUGAUUA